AUGCCAGAUUUAUGUUCGUUGAUAUCCAAAUGCUUUAUUCUGUCGGCUAUUUCCUAUAAAAUGGAAAUACACGGAUCUAAAAAUAUGAGAUUGCUAGGCUUAGCAAGUCUUUUUGUAGCUACAGUUUUGGGAACUUCAACAUUUGAGAUAUCGCCAAACUUUAGAAGCCCAAAAAACAUUCUCUUCAGUUGUAUGUAUGGUGGUUCAUCGCAUGUUUCUUGGGUUAUCAGCAUCCUCGAUGAGUUGUCUUUACGUGGACAUACUACAUUUUAUUUAACUACGGAUGGUCAAAUGAAAUUCGCAAAGGAUUAUCCUUCGAUUACGUCGAACUCUAUCGGUCCUUCUCUUUCAAAAGAAGAGCAUAACCGGUUUAUGGAAGAACUUUCCUCUAAACCUAUAGUAGAAGGUAUCAAAAGUAUGUUGGAACGUUUGACUAUAAAAUUUCCCCACGAAUACGUCAGUAAUCUAGAGUAUAUAAAGUCUAACAAUAUCGACCUCGUUAUAUGCGAUAGCUUCAACUCUCCCUGCAUUGAAGCUGCCAUUAAGUCUAAAAUACCUUUUUUAGCUACAUCGUCGUUUGCCCAAGGAAAAGAUGCUUCGGCUCCUUACAUCAACAAUGAUCUAUCAAAUAUGAAGAACCCUACCACGGAAUUUAUGUCGUUAAAAGAGAGAAUUUCCGAUAUGAUUAUCAAUCCUGUAAAGUAUACCAUCAUGUUAUACACCACCAUCAAUAGCCAAAAGAAAAUGUACAAGGGAUUCGGUAUCAAGCCUGCAUUACAAGCCUAUAGAAAAUCCAAGGACUCAGUCAAGUUAGUUAACAGCGCCUUUGGUUUUGAGCAAGGAAGACCUUUAGGGCCUCUUAUGGAGUUAGUAGGACCUAUAUUACCCAAAAUAUAUCAAGAGUUGACACCCGAACUGAAAUCAUUUCUGGAUGCGCAUCAACGAGUAGCGUAUGUCGCGUUUGGUCAACAUGCCAUAGGGAAAGAGUCGGAUGGUCGUUUGGUCUUAACGGGUUUGUUAGAGGCGAUAGAGAGAAACGAUUUGGAUGGUGUUAUUUGGGCCACAAGAGGUAUAGAUCGUAUGUUUCCCAGCCAUAUCACAACAGAAUCGAAUACAACGUAUGAUGUAAAGACAUUUUAUGAGGGUACGGAGAAGGUCAUGUUUAUUAACUGGGCACCUCAAAUGGCUAUUCUUCAUCAUCCCGCUACAAGUAUGUUUAUAACACAUGGUGGUGCUGGGUCACUUUACGAGUCAUUCUAUUCUGGUGUACGUGUAAUCGUCUACCCUUUCUUUAUGGAUCAACCUGGCGCGGCAAAAACCAUGGAGAAGAACGGUGUAGGAUUGAUGUUAGAACGCCACGUAAGCCAGACUGAGGCCAAUAAGAUUAUUCAAAAGGUUGCAUUGGAUGAAGGGGGGAAAUUUCAAUUGAAUACAGAAAGAUUUAAAGCGUUAGUUCAAAUCAGGUCUCAACGCGGUGUGGCUAGGAGUGCCGAUAUCAUAGAAGAAGUGCUAUUUACACAUAAUGAUACUCAUGUUCCACAUCGAUGGGAUGUAAAAAGAAAUAUGACUUUUAUCAAGGCUAGUAAUCUGGAUAUUUACAUGUUUUUGGUUGUCUUUUUGGGUUGCUUUGGGUACGGGAUAAAAAGUCUCUUUACAGUCCCAAAAAAAUUGAAGACGAUUUAA